AUGGCCUCGGCUGGUAACGCCGCCGAGCCCCAGGACCGCGGCGGCGGCGGCGGCAGCUGCAGCGGGGCCCCGGGCCGGCCGGCCGGCGGCGGGAGGCGCAGACGGACCGGGGGGCUGCGCCGCAGCGCCGCGCUGGACCGGGACUAUCUGCACCGGCCCAGCUACUGCGACGCCGCCUUCGCUCUGGAGCAGAUUUCCAAGGGGAAAGCUACUGGCCGGAAAGCGCCGCUGUGGCUGAGAGCGAAGUUUCAGAGACUCUUAUUUAAACUGGGUUGUUACAUUCAAAAAAACUGCGGCAAGUUCUUGGUUGUGGGCCUCCUCAUAUUUGGGGCCUUCGCUGUGGGAUUAAAGGCAGCUAAUCUCGAGACCAAUGUGGAGGAGCUGUGGGUGGAAGUUGGUGGACGAGUAAGUCGUGAAUUAAAUUAUACUCGCCAGAAGAUUGGAGAAGAAGCUAUGUUUAAUCCUCAACUCAUGAUUCAGACCCCGAAAGAAGAAGGUGCUAACGUCCUGACCACAGAAGCUCUCCGACAACACCUGGACUCAGCACUCCAGGCCAGCCGAGUCCAUGUAUAUAUGUAUAACAGGCAGUGGAAAUUGGAACAUUUGUGUUACAAAUCCGGAGAACUUAUCACAGAAACAGGUUACAUGGAUCAGAUAAUAGAAUAUCUUUACCCUUGUUUAAUUAUUACACCUUUGGACUGCUUCUGGGAAGGGGCAAAGUUACAAUCUGGGACAGCGUACCUACUAGGUAAGCCUCCUUUGCAGUGGACAAACUUUGACCCUUUGGAAUUCCUGGAAGAGUUAAAGAAAAUAAACUAUCAAGUGGACAGCUGGGAGGAAAUGCUGAAUAAGGCUGAAGUUGGUCAUGGUUACAUGGACCGGCCCUGCCUCAACCCGGCUGAUCCAGACUGCCCUGCCACAGCCCCCAACAAAAACGCGACCAAACCUCUUGAUGUGGCCCUUGUUUUGAAUGGUGGAUGUCAUGGAUUAUCCAGAAAGUAUAUGCACUGGCAAGAGGAACUGAUUGUGGGUGGCACGGUCAAGAAUAGUACUGGGAAGCUUGUCAGUGCCCACGCCCUGCAGACCAUGUUUCAGUUAAUGACUCCCAAGCAAAUGUACGAACACUUCAAGGGGUAUGAGUAUGUCUCACACAUCAACUGGAACGAGGACAAGGCAGCCGCCGUCCUGGAGGCUUGGCAGAGGACGUACGUGGAGGUGGUUCAUCAAAGUGUCGCUCCGAACUCCACUCAGAAGGUGCUUUCCUUUACCACGACGACCCUGGACGACAUCCUGAAGUCCUUCUCUGAUGUCAGUGUCAUCCGAGUGGCCAGUGGCUACCUACUGAUGCUUGCCUAUGCCUGUUUAACCAUGCUGCGCUGGGACUGCUCCAAGUCCCAGGGUGCCGUGGGGCUGGCUGGCGUCCUGUUGGUUGCACUGUCCGUGGCUGCAGGAUUGGGCCUGUGCUCAUUGAUCGGGAUUUCCUUUAACGCUGCAACAACUCAGGUUUUGCCGUUUCUUGCUCUUGGCGUUGGUGUGGAUGAUGUUUUCCUUUUGGCACAUGCAUUUAGUGAAACAGGACAGAAUAAAAGAAUCCCUUUUGAGGACAGGACUGGAGAGUGCCUCAAGCGCACGGGAGCCAGUGUGGCCCUCACCUCCAUCAGCAAUGUCACCGCCUUCUUCAUGGCCGCAUUGAUCCCCAUUCCCGCCCUGCGGGCCUUCUCCCUCCAGGCGGCUGUAGUAGUGGUAUUCAAUUUUGCUAUGGUUCUGCUAAUUUUUCCUGCGAUUCUCAGCAUGGAUUUGUAUCGACGUGAGGACAGGAGAUUGGAUAUUUUCUGCUGUUUUACAAGCCCCUGCGUCAGCAGAGUGAUUCAGGUUGAACCUCAGGCCUACACGGAGACUCAUGAUAACACCCGCUACAGCCCCCCGCCCCCCUACAGCAGCCACAGCUUCACCCAUGAAACCCAGAUCACCAUGCAGUCCACAGUGCAGCUCCGCACAGAGUACGACCCCCACACGCAUGUGUACUACACCACUGCUGAGCCACGCUCUGAGAUCUCCGUGCAGCCUGUCACCAUGACCCAGGAUACCCUCAGCUGCCAGAGCCCCGAGAGCACCAGCUCCACAAGGGACCUGCUCUCCCAGUUCUCCGACUCCAGCCUCCACUGCCUUGAGCCCCCCUGCACCAAGUGGACACUUUCAUCUUUUGCUGAGAAACACUAUGCUCCUUUCCUCUUGAAACCAAAAGCCAAGGUCGUGGUGAUCUUCCUUUUCCUGGGCUUGCUGGGGGUCAGCCUUUAUGGGACCACCCGAGUGCGCGAUGGGCUGGACCUUACAGACAUUGUGCCUCGGGAAACCAGAGAAUAUGACUUUAUUGCUGCACAAUUCAAAUACUUUUCUUUCUACAACAUGUAUAUAGUCACCCAGAAAGCAGACUACCCGAAUAUCCAGCACUUACUUUACGACCUUCACAAGAGUUUCAGCAAUGUGAAGUAUGUCAUGUUGGAAGAAAAUAAACAGCUUCCCAAAAUGUGGCUGCACUACUUCAGAGACUGGCUCCAAGGACUUCAGGAUGCAUUUGACAGUGACUGGGAAACUGGGAAAAUCAUGCCAAACAAUUACAAAAAUGGAUCAGAUGAUGGGGUUCUUGCCUACAAACUCCUGGUGCAGACCGGCAGCCGUGAUAAACCCAUCGACAUCAGUCAGUUGACCAAACGGCGCCUGGUGGACGCGGAUGGCAUCAUCAAUCCCAGCGCGUUCUACAUCUACCUGACUGCUUGGGUCAGCAAUGACCCUGUGGCUUACGCCGCCUCCCAGGCCAACAUCCGGCCUCACCGACCUGAGUGGGUGCACGACAAAGCCGACUACAUGCCAGAAACCAGGCUCAGAAUCCCAGCAGCGGAGCCCAUCGAAUACGCUCAGUUCCCUUUCUACCUCAACGGCUUGCGGGACACUUCAGACUUUGUGGAAGCCAUCGAAAAGGUCAGAACCAUCUGCAACAACUACACGAGCCUGGGGCUCUCCAGCUACCCCAACGGCUACCCCUUCCUCUUCUGGGAGCAGUACAUCGGCCUCCGGCACUGGCUCCUGCUGUCCAUCAGCGUGGUGCUGGCCUGCACGUUCCUGGUGUGUGCCGUCUUCCUCCUGAACCCCUGGACGGCCGGGAUCAUUGUGACGGUCCUGGCUUUGAUGACGGUCGAGCUCUUUGGCAUGAUGGGCCUCAUUGGAAUCAAGCUGAGUGCCGUGCCCGUGGUCAUCUUGAUUGCUUCCGUCGGCAUAGGAGUGGAGUUCACCGUUCAUGUUGCUCUGGCCUUCCUAACGGCCAUUGGCGAUAAGAACCGCAGGGCCGCACUCGCCCUGGAGCACAUAUUUGCACCCGUCCUGGACGGCGCCGUUUCCACUCUGCUGGGAGUGCUGAUGCUCGCAGGGUCUGAGUUUGAUUUCAUUGUCAGGUAUUUCUUUGCUGUCCUGGCAAUCCUGACAAUCCUGGGUGUUCUCAACGGGCUGGUUUUGCUCCCAGUCCUUCUCUCCUUCUUCGGCCCGUACCCCGAGGUAUCUCCAGCCAACGGGCUGAACCGACUGCCCACCCCUUCCCCCGAGCCACCCCCCAGUGUGGUCCGCUUUGCCGUGCCCCCCGGUCAUGCAAACAAUGGGUCUGAUUCCUCUGACUCGGAGUAUAGUUCUCAGACAACGGUGUCAGGCAUCAGCGAAGAGCUUCGGCACUACGAGGCCCAGCAGGGCACUGGGGGCCCUGCCCACCAAGUGAUCGUGGAAGCCACAGAAAACCCUGUCUUUGCGCGCUCCACUGUGGUCCAUCCCGAAGCAAGACAUCACCCACCCUCAAACCCUCGACAGCAGCCCCCCCUGGACUCAGAGUUCCUGCCUCCUGGACGACCAGGCCAGCAGCUCCGGAGGGAACCCCCCAGGGAAGGCUUGCGGCCACCCCCCUACAGACCGCGCAGAGACGCUUUCGAAAUUUCUACUGACAGGCAUUCCAGCCCUAGCAAUAGGGACCGCGCGGGCCCCCGGGGAGCCCGUUCUAACAACCCUCGGCACCCCGCGUUCACUGCCAUGGGCAGCUCGGCGCCCAGCUACUGCCAGCCCAUCACCACUGUGACGGCCUCGGCGUCCGUGACUGUUGCCGUACACCCCCCACCCGCCCCCGGGCCCGGCUCGGCGCGGAGCCCCCGAGGGGGACUGUGCCCGGGCUACGGGGACUACCCCGAGACUGACCACGGGCUGUUUGAGGACCCCCACGUGCCUUUUAACGUCCGGCGCGAGAGGAGGGACUCCAAGGUGGAAGUCAUAGAGCUGCAGGACGUGGAAUGUGAGGAGAGGCCCCGGGGCAGCAGCUCCAACUGAGGGUGAGUAAAAUCUGAAGCAAAGAGGCCAAAGAUUGGAAGCCCCCCCCCCC